AUGGACGCCUUUGUCGCCAGCAGGCUGCCUGCUGCCACCACUAGUUCGACACCGCAGCAUGCGGCGACCGCGGCGACCCACUUACGGCAGUCGCCGCUGCGUCAGGGAGGUACUGCGUCCCUGACUGCUGGAGUGCUGCUGGCAUUGUGCUCUGCCAGAGGUGCUGGCCGGCCAAACCACCCACGUGCUGCACGGAGACGUGCAGAGAAGGUGGUCCGACAUAUGUGCCAUCGCAACUGCCAUGGUGGAGAGCAUUUGUCGCCCGAGCGAAAGAGAGAGCUGGAGGCCAUUUGUGAGAAGAUUGCGACCCCGGGCAAGGGCAUUACCGCCACCGAUGAGGGCCCCGGCACCAUCGGCGACCGCUUCGAGAAGGUCGGGGUGGAGAACACCGAGGAACACAGGCGCAUCUACCGGCAAAUGCUCUACGAGACACCCGGGAUCAACAACUAUUUGAGCGCCGCCAUCCUGGAUCCGGAGACGAUGUACCAGAAGGACGAUGAAGGCGUGCCAUUCCCUGAAGCUCUCGAGAAGCGUGGCAUCAUCCCGGGCGUCAAACCGCACUUGAAGGUCUACGAGUUGCCAGGCACCAAGGACACCGUGAUGCAAGGCCUCGACUCCCUGGCCGUCCGCUGCCGGGAAUACAAGGCGGCGGGCGCCAAGUUCGCGAAGUGGCGCAGUCCGCUGCAGAUCUCGCGCUUUGGUCCCACCAAGAUGGCCAUCGAGGCGAACAUGAACGACCUGGCGCGCUAUGCAUUGAUUUGCCAAGAUGAGGGCCUGGUGCCAAUCGUCGAGCCGGACAUCGUGAUGAAAGGCGACCAUGACCUGGAAACGGCCGUCGCCGUCAACGUGGAGGUUCAGGCGACCCUCUACAAGGCCAUGCUGGACCACGGGGUUUACAUGGAAGGCACCAUUCUGAAGACGAACCUGGUCAACCCGGGAUUGUCCUGUGACCAUGACUACAGCGUGGAAGAGAUCGCGGUGGCGAACAUGAUGGUCCUGCGGAGAGUGAUGCCCACAGCCAUCCGCGGCGUGAACUUCUUGAGCGGAGGACAGAGCUUGGAAGGCGCUGCGGCCCGGCUGAACGCGUUGAACAAGGUGAAGAAACGACUGGGCCGAAUGCCCUGGAACAUCUCCUUCUCAUGGAGUUGGGCUUUACAAGCUCCCCUUUUAAACAUCUGUAAGGGUCAGGGCGGAAAGAUUCCUUUGAAAGAAAUGAGUGAGCUGUACUUGCAAGAGUUGGCCAUUGCGAGCGCAGCUGCACAAGGAACCUACCAGGAGGGAUUCCCUCCUGAUGUAAUCCGUGAAGACGAAAAGAAGGAUGCCGAGGCCAAGAAGGAUGAGCCAAAGAAGGAGGAGAAGAAGGAGGAACCAAAAAAGGACGCCGAGGCCAAGAAGGAGGAGCCAAAGAAAGAGGAGGAAAAGAAGGAAGAACCAAAGAAGGAUGCGGAGGCCAAGAAGGAAGAGCCAAAGAAGGAGGAUGAAAAGAAGGAGGAGCCCAAGAAGGAUGCCGAGGCCAAGAAGGAAGAGCCAAAGAAGGAGGAGGAGAAGAAGGAGGAACCAAAGAAGGAUGCCGAGGCCAAGAAGGAUGCCGAGGCCAAGAAGGAAGAGCCAAAGAAAGAGGAGGAAAAGAAGGAGGAACCAAAGAAGGAUGCCGAGGCCAAGAAGGAGGAGCCCAAGAAGGAAGAGAAGAAGGAGGAACCAAAGAAGGAUGCCGAGGCCAAGAAGGAGGAGCCCAAGAAGGAGGAGGAGAAGAAGGAGGAACCAAAGAAGGAUGCCGAGGCCAAGAAGGAGGAGCCCAAGAAGGAGGAAAAGAAGGAGGAACCCAAGAAGGAUGCAGAAACUCAGAAGGCAGCUUGACUGCACUUUUUCAUUGUCGCUGUAGCCUAUUUUUGAGUGGCGGCAGUGGUUGGGAGGCUGCAGCAAUGGAGCUCGGAAUUGCAUUUUUGCUGGGUGUUUUCCACAAGAGGAGUUUCCACAAAUAUGACGAGUAGCAACUAGAAGCUACUAGGGGCUCCUGGCCUUACUACCAGGAACAAGAAGCUACUAGGAGCUCCUGGCAUUACUACUAGGAACAAGGACGCUACAUGUUAUAAACAUUAUUGGAGCUAUCGCUAGUAAAGGGCAAGUCCCUUUCUUUGCGAACUCGUGCUCCAACGAGUUCGCACGCUUGGGGCCCACCAGCGGGGAGCUGGAUGGGUCCAGCACGCUGCGGCGGUUGAUUUCAGGCAUCACCGGGCUGUUGUUUGCCAUGAAAGAAGCGCUAUGUGUUUUGUUUUGAUGUCCAGCAAAUCAUCUAAAGCAAUAGGCCCCCCCCCCAACAAAAGGAAAGGACCACAAGAACACUUCCCACUCACUUUCCCACCAGUUCGAAACGAUGGAUGGACGGUGCCUCUGGACAUGACGAGAAUGGCCAUGACGCUUCUACUGCGGGAUGGACGUCCUCUGUGGGCGAAAGCCUGGCAACGGUCUUGGAGCUGCCAGUUGGGGGUGUUUAGAGAAUGGAGCUUCCUUCGAAAGAGUUUAUCAGAAAUUGUACUAACUAAAACUCAGAAGCUCUCAAUAAGCCUAACAUACUCGGAAAAAGAUGGCAUUCCUACACAUACACAGGUGUAGGAUUCCUGUCCAACAGGUGUAGGAUUUGAUAGGAGACGGCGUUCUUUUUGAGUGUAAGAUAGACAGCUCCUGAACUUGCAAGAGAUUGGAAGAGUAGAGAUCAGAUGCGGGUGUCUCAAAAAGAGGAAGUCCUCAACCUCUUCGCCUACUUCCCACAUCCUCCUAGCAGCCUUAAGGGUAUUAGAAAUGUGUCCGAGUUUCAGCCGCGCCAUGAUGGCCAUGAUCCAGCCCAGUAGGUUCCCUUCAAUUCGAGUCAGAGAUACUGUUGACACAACAUGGGGAUGGGUGGUGACUGACCUGAAUGCCCCCACCUGAAUCGUGACCUGUCUUCUUCUCCCGGUCAACCAGGAGAGGUCUGCGUCAACCGGUCGGUGCCCGGUGACACCGACAACGCCACGACCACGGGCAGCCGAGGAGGGUGUUCCGGCCUGAGGGAGCGAGCCUAGCCGCGGUUCGGCAGCCGAGGAAUGAGACAUGUAGCAACUGGCCAUGAAUGGCGCGAACCGGUCGAUGUUCUUCGAUGAAGGCACGUUGAUUUCUUUGGGUGUUCACUCAUCACAACUCAUCACACCGGCAAAACAGGAUGUAUGAAGAUUGAAGAGU